AUGUCGCAACUCGGUUCGCAAAAAGCUCAACUUACGAAGGCCGCUAACUCACUACGCAAGAAGAUCGCGGAAGUCGAUCAGGCCAACCUCGAUCUUGUGGACUUUGCUUCGGAGGCGAGUAAAGAUCCACAUUUGGUUUUCAAUCGUUUGAAUUCUUUUUCUCUUUCAUUUUCUUCUAUUAGUCGUGCUGCCUCUGCCCUUCGUGGCCAGUUGGAGAAAGCCGAAGAGUUUGCUCGGCAGAAUCCUGACGAGCGUGGAGAGUUCCCUUUCCUCUCCGACAUCCAUACUCAUUGGGAAACCGGUGGGAUGGAUGAUCUUCUAGAGGAAGCGGAUGCUCUUCUUGUUCGCUUGGAUUCGGCGAUCAGACUUCUUCCUAUUUUGGGAGGCCUUCAAUCUUCUGUUCCAUCUGUUGCUCCAUCCUUGCCGCGCAAUUCCCCGCCCCAUACUACCCAAGAUUCUGCGCCAUCCUCUCAACACGCGCAUCAGGCGGAAGUGGGACUGCGCAGCCAUUCUCCGUCGUGUCAUGGUCGUUCAUCUGACCCAACAGCGCCUGUUGACCAGCGUCCCCCUGCGAGCCAUACUGGCGCGCAUCCUUCGGGUGGAUUUGGCUUCCCCUCGGUCUCAUCCUUAUCAUCCCUCAACCCCUUUUUGCCCUUGGAGCAACCUGUAAAGUUGCCUUCUUACGAGAUCCCAACCUUCAGCGGCGAUAUCGAGGCAUUCUCCGAGUUUUGGGACAUCUUUUCUACAGCCGUGCAUAAUAACAACACCGUGCCGGCAGCAGUCAAGUUUAUGUACUUGAAGUCAGUCCUUAGAGGAGAUGCUGCUCGGAUUAUCGCAGGCUUCAAACCAACGGCGAAGAACUACGACACUGCAGUACGCACUAUUCUGAGUACGUACGAUCGUCCUGAGAUUCUGAGAAGCCGAUUGUGGGACAAGUUGUCGCAGCAGUCACCGGCAUCAGACUCUGCAAUUUCGCAACGCGCUACACUUUGCGCGCUCCAAGCAACUUGGUACCAGAUGAAGGAAUUGAACGAGGACUCCAGUUCGAUCGCUACGUUGAGAACAAUCCGAUCUAAGUUUCCCUGGCGUACGCGCGAGAAAGUUGGCGAACUGAAGGGCAAAAGUGACUCUAUGUGGACAGUGGACGAGCUGUUGUCAGCUCUCAGCACGGUCAUUGAUAGACUGCAAGUGGUAGAAGACUCCGAUCCAGCAGGUCAUCGCGCUUAUAACUCGGAUUCCACAGUUCGUCAGCAUUCUCCAUCCCCGUACAGGUAUCCCGGCACGAGUCAGCCGUACAUGAGGUAUCCAUCGUAUCAGCAACAACCAGCUUACCCACGUUACGCGCGUAGCUCGCGCUCACCAUCACCAAGAUACCGUGACGUCACUUAUAGACCUCCAACUCCUCAUUACCCGCGGCGCACAUCUCGUAGCCCUGUUACACCCCAGUACACUACACCAUGGGAGCCUCGUUGUGCCUUCUGUUUUCGUCAUGGACAUCCUUCGGAGUGUUGUAUGACAGUACGCGACGUGCAACAGAGGAGAGAGCUCGUCAACCAGUAUAGACUUUGUUGGCUGUGUCUCGAAGAAGCUUUGUGUGCUACAUUACCAUCAACGCCCUAUUCGUCCUACCCACCUGCGCAAUUCCGUCAGCGCACUCCUUCACCUAGACGCGUACAGUUUGAGACGAUAGCGCACCCUUCACCACCUCGCACCCAGAACGCGAGUCCGCGCACUUCUCCUUCGCGUCGACCUACAUUCAAAGCGCCGUCUCCAUCUAGGCGUCAGUCACGUCCCAAUUCUAGACGCGCUACUCUUCCUCGAAGAUCUUCAAGCGCGUUUCCCGCUGUGCAAACUUCCACCUGCACUCCAGUCGCGCAUGAUUCCAUCCAGUCAGAUGAGUUCACAGAGUUGCUUGACCAACAUGAAGCUAGCGUAGGGCCACAUGCACCUUCAUCUUGUACGUCUGUGUGCCAAGCUGCUUCUACAACACAGGUUCCUCGUCUCAUGGUGGUCCAUGCUAUAACCCGGAACCUCAAAACUAGUACGGAUGAACUGCUUACUGUUUUUCUCGAUAGCGGUUCGCAGUAUAGUUUUAUCUGUACCUCGUUGGCCUACCAUCUCGGCCUGACUUUCAAGAAUACAAGGACUGUCACGACUCUGACCUUCGGAGGACACCAGUUCACUGAAGACUCGUCAGAAGUCACACUCACGUUAUGGGACCAGCUCGAUCGUCCAAUCCAACUUCAGCUUUGGACGCGCGAUACCAUCACAACGGUCCCGAAGACGAACAACUUGGAUGAUACGAACAACACCUAUAUGGACGAUAGAGUCGAAGUCGACGUACUCAUUGGAAUAGAUAACUACUGGCGCGUUGUGGACUUGCAUAGGAAUGAGAAGCUUCCAUCAGGUCUCAUUCUGUUCCACACUCGCUUCGGACCAGUUUCUAUCAGGUCUUAG